UCUCCUUUUCCUUCCUAUCUAGCUAGCCUACUUUCUCUGCUAUCUUUGCUUCCCUGUUGGCUAAAAGGGAAGAAGCUUUCUUCGCAUCCUGAUAUUGUUUUUUCUGUCUUCUCUUUCUGGGGACCAAGAAAAUGGGUGAUAUCUCCAGGUGUAAUGGGAAUGCAACAGUUGCUGCGGAGUGCCGCAGGAAGAGCUUCUGGUAUGAGGAGGAGAUCGAACAGGAUUUGAGAUGGUGCUAUGCUCUUAAUGGAAUUCUGCACUCUGGAGAGAGUCAGUACCAAGACAUUGCAUUGCUGGACACAAAGCCCUUUGGAAAGGCCUUGGUCAUUGAUGGGAAGCUGCAGAGCACGGAGAUAGAUGAGUUCAUCUACCAUGAAUGUCUUGUUCAUCCAGCACUACUACAUCACAUCAAGCCUGAAACUAUCUUUAUAAUGGGAGGAGGAGAGGGUUCCACAGCAAGAGAAAUCCUCAGGCACAAGACAGUGGAAAGGGUUGUCAUGUGUGAUAUAGAUGAGGAAGUUGUAGAUUUCUGCAGAUCAUAUUUGGUUGCCAACAGAGAAGCCUUCUUUAAUUCAAGGCUCAAGCUUGUCAUUAAUGAUGCUCGAGCUGAACUAGAGAAGAGAGAGGAAAGGUUUGAUGUUAUCAUAGGAGACUUGGCAGAUCCCAUUGAAGAUGGCCCGUGUUACCAGCUCUAUACCAAAUCCUUCUAUGAAUCAAUCCUAAAACCCCGACUCAAAGAAGAUGGCAUUUUUGUGACACAGGCUGGGCCAGCCGGAGUGUUUAGUCAUACAGAGGUCUUUUCCUGCAUUUACAACACGCUAAGGCAUGUUUUCAAAUAUGUUGUGCCUUACUCUGCCCAUAUCCCUUCCUAUGCUGAUACUUGGGGUUGGAUCAUGGCGUCAGAUUCACCUUUCACCCUCGACUCAGAGGAACUGGAUUCAAGGAUUAGGCAAAGGAUCAAUGGUGAGAAUAGAUAUCUUGAUGGAAAGACCUUUGCAUCAGCCUCUCUUCUUAGCAAAGCAGCUGGACAAGGAAACACAGGUGUACACUGAAGGCACUGCAAAGUUCAUCUAUGGGCAUGGGACUUGCCACAAGAUACGUUCAGGGUUGCAGCAGGAGAUGAAUUAGCAGUAGAAGCCAUGAAUUAGGGGAUAAUUUAAAAGUGUGAUCAGUCAUCAAUAUGGCCAAAAAUACUGACCAUGCAUGUUCAGCUCAUCCAGUUCACUUCCUAGUAUUAGAACUCUGUAUCAGAAAGUUUUUAUUAUUAUUGCUGAAUGAAGAAAAUUUGCCUAC